AUGUAGCAAAUUAGUAGAUUAUUUACUUGUAUAGGCACAGGUCAUUUGUGAGAGGUUGACCUCUGUUGAGGUCAUAGAGAAUUGUUUACAUUUUACAUUUUAUUUUGAGACCAGUAUGAGCCGUCCAAGCCGACCAACCCCAAAGUGCAGUCCAGUUCAGUGAACUUCUGGAUAAUUAUUAACAAAAGAGGGCUGCCAGCUGCCAGCUGCCCGGCUUUAAUGUAGGUUAUCAUGUUUAUUUCUGCCCAUAUCAGACAAUGGGCUGAUCUGAAAUCAGUUCUCAUGCAAAAAGUCAGACGCAUGAUACAGCCCGAAUGGACCUCAACUGUGCACAGUAGAAGGAUUUUUUUUCCCUUUUUUUUUUUCAAAUUUUUUUGUCCCUCUUUUUCUCUCCACCCGCCAACCCACACACACACACACACUCACACUCUCUCUCAACUCGGUCCGCCUACCAGAUGUGUGCUUCCUGUUUAUAAUGAAAGCUCUCUUUCUGAGGACAAGUUGAUACACCCAAAGGCAUUCGAAAUGCGACAUGGUCUCAUUACUGCUGCAGCUUACCACAGGACCUCAGAGACAAAGAUAGUUGACACUGAAGAAAUACCAUGGGGAGCCAAUGCUCUGCACUCAAGAGGGGUAAAAUAUCGGAAAAGGAGUGUUACAAACCUGAGCAAAAGAACAAUGAGGUUUCCACAACAGUGAAAAGUGGAGAAAAUGAUCCUCCCCUUCAAAGAUCAUCCCUGCAGGAGGAGUUGGGAGCAAUAAAGGAGACAACAGAGGAGGAGACUUUGAGGAGGCAAGAUGAAGGGACCUCCUUUGAAAAAAUGGGUUGUGGUUACCCCAUCAUUCAAGUUAACUCUGCAAGUCCUUGCGGCUCUGAAACACAUGAUCCUGCUCCACUCAGCACAGAGGAGAAAGAAGCUAACUGGGUGGACAACAACAUGGCUCACCUCAUUCAGAACGUCACUUCAGUGAUGCUGAUAGCGGAUAGGAUGCGCCAGCAGCGUUUUAUCCUUGAGGAGAUGUAUGCCAAUAUCCGGGCUGCCGGAACCAGUAUGGAGCAGAUGAGGGUGCUGUACGGGGCUCUCAGAACUACAAAAGCCAAAUCUGUCCUUUUCACGAUCCUCCACGAAAUUGAGCCAGUGACAUGUGAAACAGAAGAUGGCGUCAGAGAAGUCAUCAAAAAGCACAAAGCAUAUCUGAGGGAAAAGUUUAGCUAUGAGUCCGAAGGCACUGAAAAAAAUCAUGAGCAUGAAAAAUCGUUGGACAAAAUUUACACAGAGCUUCACAUUAUACAGGGAGAUAGUGGACGUGUCAAUGCAGAACAUGAGAUCUGGGAGAUUGAAGAGAAGACAUGGAUGCAAAAAGCUCAGGGCACAAAAAUCAACUGCAAUGACAUCUUUAAAAGUAAAUCACAAGAUAGUGUUUCAUCUGGGCAGGACAGAAGAAAAAGGAGAGCUUUGAGAACUGUGAUGACAAAAGGAAUCGCUGGCAUUGGAAAAACUGUCUCCGUGAAGAAGUUCAUCCUUGACUGGGCAGAUGGGAAAGCCAAUCAGGACAUGGACUUCAUCUUUGUACUACCAUUCAGGGAGCUAAAUCUGGUCUUAGAUAGGAAAUUUAGCCUUGAGACACUUGUUAGGGAAUUCCACUCAGAAAUGAAAAACAUAGCAGUUGCAAGAAUAUUUGCUAAUUGCAAAGUUUUGUUCAUUUUUGACGGUCUCGAUGAAAGCCAACUUCAGUUGGAUUUCAAAAGAGCCACAAGAUUGACAAAUGAGACUGAGGAAUCAUCGGUGGACACUCUGGUGACCAACCUCAUUCGGGAACACCUUCUUCCCUCAGCACUUCUCUGGAUAACCUCAAGACCAGGAGCGGUUCAGCGUAUCCCUUCUCAGUAUGUGUACCAGUGGACUGAAGUCAGAGGAUUUAAUGAUCCACAAAAAAUCGAGUACUUCAAGAAGAGAAUUGAGGACGUGGCAGUCGCUGAACAAAUCAUUAACUAUAUUACAAAGUCACGGAGCUUAUACAUUAUGUGUCACAUACCUAUCUUCUGUUGGAUUACAGCAAAGGUUUUUGAGCAUCUGCUGCUAACAGAGGGCAACAUUCAAGAUGAAAACAUAAAGAUACCCACUACACUUACUGAGAUGUACACGCACUUCCUUACAAUUCAGAUGAAGGUAGCUACUGAAAAGUAUGACACCCUUGAUGAGUCAGACACAAAGGAGAUCUUCAAAUCAAAUGAAGAAUUCAUUUUCAAAUUAGCCAGGAUGGCAUUUGAAUAUCUGAAAGAAAGCAAAAUGGUAUUCACUGUCGAUGAUCUGAAAAAAUAUGGCAUUGCCAUAGACAAAGCUGGAGUGCAUUGUGGGUUGUGCACGGAGGUAUUCCAAGAACAGGGUGCAUUCAACAGAAAUAAACUCUACUGCUUUGUGCAUCUGACAGUUCAGGAGUAUUUUGCUGCUCUCUUUGUGUACCGCAGUUUUGCAAGUAAAAAAAUUGAUUCUCAUAGCCUCAAGGAUUUCCUGCUUAAAGAGUCUGAGGAAGAGUUGAAGCCAAUCUUAGAUGCAGAUCCAGUGGAUCUACCUUUGGAUGAGCUGAUCGAAAUCGCAAUAGCUAACGCAACUCUGAGAAAGAACGGGGAAAUGGACAUGUUCCUUAGGUUCCUCAUUGGCAUGUCUCUUCAAUCAACACAAGAGCUGCUUCAAGGCCUGAUUCAACAGACAGAUGAACACUCUGCAGUUGUUGAGGAAGUUAGGACAAGUCUAUUAGAAAUAGAUUUAGCGGACUGCUCACCUGAAAGAUGCCUGAACCUUGUCCACUGCCUGAUUGAGCUGAAAGACUGUUCCCUACAUGAUAGUGUGAAGCAGUAUCUUCAACCAAAUCCUACUCCAGAAAGACAGCUCUCCCCUGUUCAGUGCUCAGUUCUGGCCGACUCAAUUCUGAUGUCAAGGACGCCUCUAGAUGAAUUCAACCUGAAGAAAUACAGACCAUCAGCAAAAGGUAUUUUUAGGCUUAUCCCAGCUGUGAGGAACUGCAGAAAAGCAAGGAUCUCAGGAGUGUCUCUCGAUAAUUGGCUUUCUGAGACAAUCGCCUCAGCUCUUCGGAUGCCAAACUCUGUGCUGACUGAACUGCACCUGAUGAAUAAUACCAUUUGGGGGGAAAGCACAAGCAUCUUGAGUGAUGCCCUGAUGAAAUCUCAGGCUAAACUAGAAGCACUUAGUCUCUCAGGUGAAAACCAUACAGAUGAAGAGUAUGAAAAGUUGGCAUCAGCUAUCAAUUCAGUCAUCUCAAAUCUAAGGGAACUGGAGCUGAGUAACAACAUCCUGCACAGCUCUUUAUUAUACUCUACGGUUUCUGUUGGGCUUUGCCAACCAAAGCUGGAGAAGCUCAGACUGAACCGAAAUUUCGGGAUUACAAACAUCUGUAAGGAGUUAGUGACGAGAUUCACAUCCAACCCAUGCUACCUGCGAGAACUGGACCUAAGUUACAAUGAUUUGGAAGACUCAGAAAUGGAGAUCCUCUCAGCAGGGUUGAUGAGCAUGCACUGUACACUGGAGGCAUUGAGUCUCAGUCACAACAAACUCUGUGAGAAAGGCUGUCAGACGUUGGCCUCAGCACUCAGCUCUAAAACUUCACGCUUGAGAGAGGUUGACCUGAGCUACAAUGACCUGCAGGACUCAGGAGUGACGGCACUCUGUAAUGCACUGAUGAAACCACAUUGUGGUUUAAAAACACUAAGGCUGUCAUUCUGUAAAGUGACAGGAGAUGGAUGUGCCUCUCUGGCCUCGGCUCUGAGGUCGGACCACUGCAGCCUCAGGGAGCUGGACCUGAGCUUUAAUCACCUCACAGAUCAAGGAGCCAAGCUGCUGACUGAAAUACAGAGGGAUUCACGCUGCAGUCUGGAGAAACUCAAUGUGGACCAAAAUGAAGAAUACUGGUUCGACUGGAAGCUACUGAGACAGUAUGCCUGUGAUUUGACUCUGGACAUCAACACAGCAGACGUGAAUCUAAUUUUGACAGAAGAGAACAAAAAGGCGUCAUAUGAUGGCAAGAAGCAGCCAUAUCCUGACCAUCCAGACAGAUGUACCGGUUUUCAGGUGCUGUGUGAAGAAGGUUUGACAGGUCGCCAUUACUGGGAGGUUGAGUGCGACUCAGCUGAUGUUGGAGUUGCAUACAAAAGUAUUGACAGGGUGGCAGACUUUUCAAGUGAAACAUCUUUUGGACAAAAUGAAAAGUCCUGGUGCUGGUAUAGUGAUGGUUCAUUUCAUCAUAACAAUUCCUGUCUAAAGUUUAUCAAACGUUCUACAAAGUUGAGUACCAUAGGAGUGUUUCUGGACUGGCCAGCAGGUAUUUUGUCCUUUUUUCAGCUGUUUCCUGAUGGACUGAUUCACCUGCACACUGCCCGCACAACUUUCACUGAACCACUCCAUCCUGGUUUCAGACUAGCAUAUGGAUCAAUUUACCUCUGUAAAAUACAGUAACCAAAAAUGUUUAUGAAAUAGUCAUACUGACCUAAUGCCUGAUGGCUACAUGCAAAGACAGUGAUACAAUACAUGUCACUAAUCUACACAUUAGUUGCUGCAGGACUAAAUGGAAAAAGUAUAUAGAAACUAAACAACAAAUAAGAAUAUAGUAUGUCUAGGAAAUAAAGUGUUGUAAUAAACAGGGGCCAGGAAGUACAUCAAUCAGAGUACUGUGGUACAAUGUACAGUGGUGCAGGAUUUGUCCUGCCAUUGAGCAAAAUCAGAGAGGAGAAGCACUGCUGAAAUAUGGCCCACAAUAAAUCAAAUGACUGUAAAAUACAGGAAUGGUAAAAGUACUCAGUUUCUUCUAGAAAAUGAAAUUUAACUGUCCUCAUUGUCAUGCAUUAUUUUUAAAUAGUACACACAGUCACACUUUUAAUUUUUUUUAUUAAAAAGUCCGUCUCACUGGACUAAACCACUAAACCAGUGAACUUAGCUAAUAAAUGAUAUGCUCUAAAGUCUGUUGCACCACAAAGCUCUAAUGAGCUCAAUCACACAUUUUGGUGUAAGAAAAUCUUCGAAGAUAAUCAAUAUAAAAACAACUCAAACACGUAUACAUAAACAUACAGUGAAUAUAACAUGAACUUCACAGCAGAAGUAGGAAACAACAAAACUCAAAUUGAAAUUGACCUGACUACAUUAUGGAGCUCAGAGUCAUCGAGAACUCAAAAAGAUGGCCCUAAUGGAUUGUAAAUUGUGUUUAAAUUUUUUAUUGUUGUUGUCAUAGUUUACCAUAUAGUUCAUUCUUCUUUGUACUUUUAUUUGUUGGACUUUUUAAUUGUGGUGCUGUAAUGGAAAAUGAAUUUUGAACUGCUGGAGGUUUUGCACUUACUUUCUGUUGCAAUGUGUCGAAACCACUUAGAUGAGCGACUGCGCCUGACUUACUUCCUCUGCAUCUGAAAUGGGCGUCAGCUGUCAACUUGAGUCAGACACCUCAGCAGAGGCAGCAGAAGGUUUUGUGGUCAAGGCAAGGCAGGAGUAGAUUGCUCAUUUUGGCAAUGAACUUGUGAUCUUUGUAUGUGCAUAGGUAAAUUAGCAAUAUACCUAGAGACACGACUCUUAAUGGAAGUUCUUUUUAUACAGAAAUUACACAGAAAUGUCGACAUCACUUUUUUUGAUUAGUUUUUUCCACAGACUAGAGGGUUUUUUUUGCGUGUAAAGUUUUGUUACAUGGUUUUAAAAUUGAUGCAAUUUAUUCUACAAUUUUUACAUUUCUUUUCAAUAUAUAGAGUAUACUUGUUUUAUUCCUUAUAUUUCCCUGUCAGCAGUGAUACUCCCACACUGUAUGACUCAUACUGAACUCAGCUUGUACAGGCAGGUUUCCAUUCUUUCUCAUAGUUCUUUCCUUCUUUAUCUACUUUCAUUUCAUUUUGUUCUUAACUGACAUGCCAGAAGUUGAUCUGCAAUUUUACUGGUUGAAUGUGAUUUUUAUAAUUUUGUCAGAUCAACUAACAGAAAAACUGUCACUGCAUUUUAUUAGUGUAACACUAGAGGGGGAUGCUUGACAGGAUAUAGCAUACCAGACCAACUGAUGGUGCAGGCAUGUUGGUUUAUUGUGUGUGGUUAUGUCUGUGUGUGUGUGUGUGUGUGUGUGGUUAUGUCUGUGUGCGUGUAAACGGCAUAUUCAUAUCUUGCAUAUUUGUAUCUCUAUAAUACGGAAGCACGUGCACUUGUGAUGUCCUACUUCCAUCCUCCCUUGAAAUCACAGGGUUGCCUGUGUGAAUGAAGAGUUUCUGCUGCUUUCAGUACAUGAUUUUCUGAAAGAAUGCAGCUUAUUUGAAGUUAUAAUACAUUAAAAUGGUUUGACGUGA